AUAGGCGCCCGCAUGAACCAUGCUGGGGUGAAGGGAGCGGCACUGGCUUCCUCAGGCCUACUAGGCCUUCUGAGGGCUAAUGGGAAUUCGUUAACCCCCAGGCCCCCCACCUUUGCCGGCUUGCUGCCCCAGGUGAAGCUAUUUGCUCCUAAUGCUGAGCAGAUGUACAUUGUUAAUCACUUGAAAGAGAGCCCAGCAGAAGAGAAAUGUGCUGGAGAAAGUGCCAGGAGAGCCCGUGGGGACAUACAAGAUUUGGCAGACCUGAACUCCAGCAAGCUUGAAGCUGUCAUUAUACCAGUGGUUUUGGGAUGGCCCAGGACUGCCCCAUCAGCGGUUCUGUGGAGGACUCCUUUGGCUGCAUUUCCCACAUGCUGGCAGCUGACACCUUCCUGCUGCGAAGUCACAGUAUCUUCUCUUCUGGUAGGUUCGAUGAUGCUGCCGGGGCCACUGCUGUGCAGAAGUCCGACUGUGCUCAGGGCUGCGGGGAGGGGGCUCCUGCCAGGCCACUGCCCACAGAGUGGCUCAGAGGUGGCCCCUCCACGGGAGCCAUGUGUAGAGAGAGGUUCUGUUUCGUCCCGGGAAGAACCAAAAACCAUGGAUUCCACCUAUGGAAGGUUUACAUUCCGACCAGGGAGGAGUGAGGAAGCACCGCUGGCCCAGAAUAGAUAAUGCGCUUCUUAUUGCCAGCAGCUGAGCCUGAAGAGGUUUAAGUGAACAUGUUGGACUUCUGCUUACAGGCGACUGACUCAGCCCCUAGGAACCACUAUUUUGCUCCGUUUCUGGGAGUUGGACAGUAAAGGAGAUGAUCUUCCAUAAUGCAGUUGGGCCUCAUCCAGUCAACGGAAGGUCAAAAGAACAGAAGACUGAGGUUUCCCAAAGAAGAAGAAUUCCAUCUCAAGGCUCGAGUUUCCAGCUUGCUGGCUCUACAAAAAUUUUGGACUUACCCGCCCCCUAAUCAUGUGAGCUAAUUUAAAAUCAGUCUUUAUCUUUAUCAAAUGACAGAUAUUUAGAUACAGAUAUCCAUCCUAUUGGUUCUUUUCCUUUGGAGGACGAUGACUGACACAGGAAGGUAUCUUCCCACCCUAUGAUGUUCCUGUGUGACACAUGAAACUCUCGACAGCCCCACGGGUGGCCAUUCACUCUGAUACUGUGCAGAUUCUCAUGGGCCAUAGACCUCUGGAGCCACGGUGACUUCCAACAAGAUCAGGCACAUAGCUGGCGCUUCAUAAAUAUUUAAAGGGAUGUUGAAUGCGGUGUAAAGAGGCGCUAAACUUCUUUCAUAUGGUUGCUCUCUCCUCCAGUAAUGUCUGCUACAAUCGAUGUACAACUUCUGUUUC